GUCGGGCAUGGCACUGAGAGAGGCUCCGGGACGCGCAGCCUGCCGGACGGAUUAAUUUUUCUCCGUCUCUAUUUACAUGGUGAUAAGAACUGCUGAUCCCACUCCGUCGGUCUGGACUGAUGAAUCUGAGCGAUAGAACAGAGCCCUGUGUCGUGUAAACGAACUGAUGGAUGAAGAUGAGAAGGACAGGGCAAAGAGGGCAUCACGCAACAAAUCUGAAAAGAAGAGGAGAGACCAGUUCAAUGUCCUCAUUAAAGAGCUUUGCACAAUGCUGCAGGGCCACGGCCACCCUCUCAAGAUGGACAAGUCCACCAUACUGCAGAGGACCAUCGACUUCUUACAGAAACAGAAAGAAAUCACAGCACAGACAGAAGCCUGUGAGAUUAGACAAGACUGGAAGCCUUCAUUUCUUAGCAACGAGGAGUUCACCCAGUUGAUGUUAGAGGCAUUAGAUGGCUUUCUCAUCGCUCUUACCACUGAUGGGAUUAUUAUUUAUGUAUCCGACAGUGUCUCCUCUCUGCUCGGACACUUACCGUCAGAUUUGGUGGACCAAAAUAUAUUAAACUUUCUGCCUGAGCGGGAACAGAGCGAGGUAUACAAGCUCCUUUCUCCACACGUGCUCAUGACAGAUCCUGUUGCAGCUGAUUUUCUCAACGUGGAAAAGCAAAUAGAGUUUUGCUGCCAUUUAGCAAGAGGCAGCUUAGAUCCAAAUGAACCCCUGACGUAUGAAUAUGUGAAAUUUGUAGUGGAUUUUAAAUAUUUUACUCAUGUGCCUACACCCUCCUGUAAUGGCUUUGAGUCAGCUAUUGCACGAGCUUUCAGGUCAGCCACAGAGGAGCAGAUAUGCCUCGUAGCGACUGUUCGUCUCGUCACACCGCAGUUCUUAAAGGAGCUUUGCAAUGUUGAAGAGCCAUGUGAAGAAUUUACAUCAAGGCAUAGUUUGGAAUGGAAGUUUUUAUUCUUGGACCACAGGGCUCCACCCAUCAUAGGAUACUUACCCUUUGAGGUUCUGGGAACGUCAGGGUACGACUACUACCACGCAGAUGACCUGGAGCUUCUUGCUAGGUGCCAUGAACACUUGAUGCAGUUUGGAAAAGGCAAGUCGUGUUACUACAGGUUCCUGACCAAAGGCCAGCAGUGGAUCUGGCUGCAGACACACUACUACAUCACCUACCACCAGUGGAAUUCCAAGCCCGAGUUCAUCGUUUGCACUCACCUGGUAGUUAGUUAUGCGGAGGUUCGAGCUGAAAGGAGGCGAGAUCUUGGCCUUGAAGAGUCAUCAAUUGAACUGGCAUCCUCUUCUAUAAAGAGCCACGGCAGCUACCUGGACGUGGGGCAGUGCGGCAGCAGCCAGGAGGCCAGCCGGGAAGGAGUGUCACUGUCGUCCCACAGCUCCCGCCGCUCCUCGCACACUGCACUCUCUGACUCUGCCUCCACCUCAUCCAUGCGGCACACCGACACCAGCACUCCCACCUGCCCGGCAGUGCCAGAGAAGGCAGCCCUGCGGCUGGCAUUGGCUGGAGGCGCCCAGGCCCUAGCAACUCCUCCAGCCCCUGGCGAACACCUCCCUCAGCAUCCCGUGGCUCAGCCAGCAGUCCCCUCUCAGCACGCCGUGAUGCCAGUGUACCACUUCCCGGCCCAGCUGGGGAUGAUGCACCAGCUGAAAGAGCAGCUGGAGGAGAGGACUCGCAUACUGCAAGCAGACAUCAAGACACAGCAAGAGGAGCUCCAUGUCAUCAAGGAGCAGCUCCAGCUGGUGCAGGACUCCAACCUGCAGAUUCUGAUGCAGCAACCGAUUCCCUUGGUCUUCAACAACGUGCAGCACCAGAGCCCCAGGAGACCCCCACCGCCGCCAGGGACGCCCCGGCAGGCCAGCGCCAAGAAGUCCCCCCAGCCAGGCGCGAUGGGGACCAAGCACUACGGGGGCCCCCACGAGCCCUCACAGCGCCAGUUCCUCAGGGAGCCCUGUGGCACGUCCUCCCAGGUACCACAGCAGCAGCAGCACCUCAUGAGAGGAAACCAAGCCCAACAAACGUGUCUGCCAGGGCAGACGAGCAUUUCAAUGCCCCUCUACAACAACCCCGUGGUGUUUUCGCAAGCACAUCCCAUUACAGUGGCUGCCCAGAUGCCGACUGACAUGAGCGAAAGGCAGCCGCAGUCCGACUACAUCCAGGACAGGAGCCUCAGAAUGCUGCUGGACCAGUCCAUCCAAGCCAUGAUGCCCGCCGCCAAUGGCAGCGCUCAGGCCGCGCUGAGCGGCACCAGCAGGCAGCAGGGAAAAUUCGUGGCGGAGCAGCAGACCUUGCCUCCCCCCAUGCAGAUGCAGCCCAUCACCUGCAGCACGGUCCGGCCCCCCGCCCCCUCGCCCAUCUUCUCCCCAUCUGUGGUGAUCCCCCACGCCAGCUUCACCUCCCACCAGACCAGCGCCCCGGUUCACCUCCACCAGUGGUCGCAGCAGCAGGUGCAGCAGCACCGCCUCUACCUUCAGAUGCAAGGUCCUGAGGCGGUGCCGGGGGGCCCGAGCCCGCGUGUUUUCCAGCCAGCCCAUGUCCCGCAGCAGAACCCCCUGAGCUACUUCCUGCACCCGCAGCCGCAGAGCCGCCACGCACAGGGCCAGGCCUGCAACCUGCAGGACCUGCCUGAAAUGCAGCUGCCCUGACCGCCGGCUCCCCAAGGCAGGGACAACCUUGGCCGCGGUGGCUCGGCAACCCGAGCGCAGGGGGAGCGGGGACGGAGCCGUCGGAGCACAGACGGGUGAGGUCGGGCCCCGUGGGGGCCGGGAUGGUUCCACCAGGGGCAGAUGGCUCUGGAGGACACCUCGUGGAUUGGGAUUUCCAUGGGGCUGAGCUGGGAUCUUCUGGUGGUACAACCACUGCCAAAGAGAGCCCUGGGGCUGUGAGUGGCCGCAAGCCCCAGCCACGCCUGUCCUGGAGGGAGGGCACCUUCAAGGGCAAGGAGCAGGAGGAUACAUAUGGUGGGGCUCCUGCCCACUGGAGCUCGGCUCCAAAAGCAGCUGUAAACUUGUCGGUGCAAAAGCUGUGCUUCGUUUGGGAGCCACGGGCAGGCGGGGGGGGUGCUGCUGCAGGUCAUCAAGCCAUGCGUGCCUGUGCCAGCACCAGGUAUGGCUCCUGUGACCAGGACGGUGACGGGUGGCCGGCUCCAGGAGCUGCUUGAUCAGGUCACCACGGAGAGCACUUGGCACCGCAGCAAAGCCUUGUCCCUUCAGAGCUUUGGUGCUGGAAGGCACUGUGAAGGUAAGCCCAGCGCUUGCAGCACACACAGGCUGCAGCAGUCACAGGAGGGAUUGCCGUGUACAUAGCUCUUGUCUCGCUCUAGUAGGUCCGUUGUGGAUUUUUUUCCUUUUUUCUAUACCUCAACCCCACCAUUUUUGUUUUCCAGGAGAUUGGAUAAUGCUGCUAAUUUACAUAACACCACUUUUGCCUGAAUUUCUUACUGUAGUUAUACCAGCUCACAUCACAACUAGUAAGAUACUCGUCAUGUUUUACUGUGGUUAACAAGUGCAGAUAAAUUUAUAUGGUUUUUACUCCCUGUAGACAAAUAUUUUUCAGGUUACGGACAAAGAAUCCUUACUCUUUCUUUUCUGUUGUUUUGUUUUGUUCCAAGUGGAUGUUGUUGUGUAUGUUUCUUUACAUGAAAACAAGCAAACAACACGUAGACCAUCAUGUGACAGCAAACUUUGUGGUUUUGCUAGGUCAUAUUUCAAUUUGACAACCCUGAAACGUAUACUCACAAUGACACAGGCACUGUUACAAGCCUAUAGGGUCAGCAAUAAAUUGUAUUUUUGUAAAUUGUCACUUUUUAACUAUAUGUUUAUAUUUAUGAAUUGAAAACCAGUUUAUUCCUCAGUGGGUGUAUAGUUAAGUGUCCCUACUGUUUGUGUCUUUCCAAAGGAAAAAUGAAAAUGUACAUUUUUUGAGGCAUUAGUAGCUGAGUACUAACCGUGGGCGCUGUUCCAGCCCAAACACAGAAGAUGGUUUAGGCCAUUAUUUAAGCUGUGGAGGAUGGUGGUUUGUUAGGAGUAGGGUCAUCCAGCAGGGCUGCACCAGCAUGCAGCAAGAGCAAUGUUUGGGGACAGGUUUGUUUGUAACCCCUGUCGUGACCAAUCAAAGCUGGGGGGGGUGGUUGGGCUUUUUAUUAUUUUUUUUUAAUUUGUAUUUGUUGUUUCCCUGGCUCUCUGCCCCACCCCAGCAGCUGCACAGUGGUGCUGACCCCGCAGCGUCUGGCACAAGUAGCCCUGUCUUCAGGAAACGGGGGAGCGGGCAAGGUGGUGUACAGGUGGGGGUACAGCUGUAGCUGGAGACAGCGGGCGCUGCAGGGACACCUGCAUCUACAGCUCGCAUGCGAACAAAAGCCGUGAGAAGCCCGGCCUUCCACGGGCCUUGGUUGCUUGGUGCUGGGGGCAGUGGUUGUGCACCCCUGGGAUGCCGGCAGUGAAGAAUUGGGUGUCGCAGAGCAGGCGGAGGGGAGGUGCAGCCACGGCGUACAGCAGCACAGGGAGGAAAACACAUGCACAGAGGCUCGCAUGUGUGCUAAGGACACACUGCUGUACACAUCUGAUGUCCCAGUACUGCUGGUGGGAGGCAAAGGCCAUGCAGUUCCCUGCCUUGCCCACUAAACCUGCAACACAGCGGCUGGGCUGCAGUGUGCCAGCCCUGCGCGUCAGCCCAGGCAUGGUGGGUGUCAGUGAACCCUUCUUGGUGGUGGUGCUUGGGGUCGGGGUUGGGGUCUGGGGGAGACAGGGGGUUGUUAGCAGGGCUUGCUAGGGAGGAGGCAGGAGUUUGCUGGCUUUCAAAGCAAGUCCAAGGAGUGGUUGGAGAGGGUUGCAGGGCAGUGGGUGUGCCGGACGGGGCUGUGCCCCCGCACAGCCCUUCUGAUGGCAGCGUCUCGGCAGGGAGUGUAGAUUUGCAAGGAUGUUUACAUGUUCAGUUGGCCUUGCUAAGAACAAGCGACAUAAAACGCACUUUAUCAGAACCUCUCCCCUGAACACACUUUAGUUCCAGAGCCCACCCCAGCUCCUGGCGCAGGUGCUCAUGGUGCCAGGUGCAGGCACCCAGCACAGCACAGGCAUGGGUAUGGGCACAGGCAGAACUGGGCUCCCGAGGGCAAAGUUCCCCAGCCCCAUGGUGGGGCUGGCUCUGUCCCUGCUCAGCCUGCCUCUGGGCAGGGGCAAGGCUGGCUCAGGGGCCCAGGCUUUUUGCCUUCUGUCACCACUCAUGCUCAAAAGAUAAAUGACUAAAUAAAUCUCUUUAUUCAGGUUGAGUUGUAUUUGUUUACCUCGGUGUUAGCUACGAGCUGUGUUUCUGGGACCUGUUUGGAAUGAAGGGUUGCUGGUGGGUUUGGUUCACCCCCAGGUACUUACGAGAGACCCCCAAGCAUGAGGUGGUCACAUAGGCGGGUGGGAAUAUGAGCAGUGCUGCCUGUGCCAGGAGUUGGGCUCCAGCAUCAGUGCUCACUAAUGUCCUGAGGCUUUCUAGCACACAAGCACCUAUAUACUAUCUCUCUCUACAUACAUAGAUACACAGAUAUGUUUUUAAUGUGCAUAUAUAUGUAUGUAUGUAUAUAUAUAUAGGCCACACAAUUCCAGACCUCUGAAAACACAGGCAGCUUUAAUUAAUAAAGUCUUGCACUUUUAGCAUAUUUGUACAUAUAAGCUAAAGCCUGGUGGGUACCAUCAGGCUGGUUUGACAAACACAGUGAGAAGUUACUGUACAUAUUGUAACAUAGUCCAUGUAAAAAAAAAAAGAGGAAGAAAAAAUAUGAAAAAAAUGUUAGAACUGACUAUAAAUCUUGGUUUAUUUUAUAUGAUGUCAAAUAUAGAUACGUUUAUAAAUGUUACUAUUCUUAAAAGUAUUUUGUAAUGGGAAAAAGGAAGUGUCUUAUGAAGAUGAACAGUAAAGAUUUUAUUCUCGUUUUGAAUCUAUGUCCCUGCACAGCUCCAUUGGAUGGCAGUCUGUGCAUUUUGACAAGCUUUAAAGAGAUUGUACAUAGUA